AUGUUGCCUUCCCAAGAAGCCUCCAAGAUCUACCACGGCAAUUACAACUACAACUACAACCCGCGGGCCGUCGGAGUGCUGUGGGCCAUCUUCACCAUUUGUUUCGCCAUCGUCAACGUGGUGGUCUUCAUCCAGCCCUACUGGAUCGGCGACAGCGUCAACACGCAGCAGGCCGGUUACUUCGGCCUCUUUCACUACUGCGUGGGCACCGGGCCGUCGCCCAGCCGGGAGCUCACCUGCGUGGGCAGCUUCUCCGAUUUCAGCUCCAUCCCGUCCGGAGCCUUCAAGGCGGCAUCGGUGUUCGUGCUGCUCUCCAUGGUGCUCAUCAUCGGCUGCAUCGCAUGCAUGGCGCUCUUCUUCUUCUGCAACACCUCCACCGUGUACAAGACCUGCGCCUGGAUGCAGCUGCUGUGCGGAGUUUGCUUGGUGCUGGGCUGCAUGAUCUUCCCCGAUGGAUGGGAUGCUGAGGUCAUCCGGGACAUGUGCGGGGAACAUACAGGAAAGUACUCCCUGGGCGACUGCUCUGUACGCUGGGCCUACAUGUUGGCCAUCAUGGGCAUCCUUAAUGCCCUGGUCCUGUCUUUAAUGGCCUUCGUCCUGGGCAACCGGCAGAAUGAUUUCUACCUGGAUGACCUGCAGACUGACAACAAAGAUUUUGCUGUGUCCAGGAUUGAGGUUCGGGAUAGAAGAGAGCCAAGGUAUGGAGUACAACGUCUUCACUGA